AUGGUAAUUACGUGGAAAGCCAAUGGAGAACCAAAAUUAGGUCCGUGUCCGGAAAAAUGGUUACCAUUGAUUCCAGUGAAAGACAACAACUUUGCGCUUCUUCAAAAAUGCAUCUCUCAUCUCGAUGUAACUUCAUUAAAAUCAAAAGUAACAAAAUUAGACGAUGCAAUAAAUGCAUGUUCACAUAUGUUUGGCAAUGGAUCCACCACUGCAACAAUUUUUCGACCCGACGACAAAAGGGAAUUGAAAAAUUUCCUCACAUUUGCAACUUCGGAAGAGCUAGAAGGAAUGUUAGAUAUAUUUAUUGAAGGAAAAGCACCAUACGAUCAUUCUGGCAAUGAUUUACGAAAAUUGGGAGAAACAAUUACUAAUGCCAUGUCUAAUGCGCCCGAUAAAUCUUGCGCCUGGAAUCUUUUAAAGGGUGAAAUUCAAUUUAAAAAUUGUGAUUCUUUUACUACACUUUGGUGCCAAUACAAAGCAAAACCAGUAAUGACUAAUUAUGGUUGUAAUGGUUGGUUUAAAGCAGAUCACGGAACUCAUGUCAACUGCUACUUUGUCCAUCGCUAUCGGACAUCAGCUCGAAAUGCUCGAAAUAUCUGCAGGGAGAAGAAAGCUCAAUUGGUAACAAUCAAUAAUAUCGGUGAAUGGUCCUACGUUACACGUCUUGCCGAUACAUUGGCACCUAAUACGUUUGAUCGCUCACUGUUGCUAGGCUAUACGCGCUGUAGUACCGAUCCACCUGAAUGGCGCACAAUGGAAGGUGACAUUUCAGCAGAAAAUAUUCCCUUCCCUGAUGCAACUACUUCAAGUGAUGCCGAAUGUUGUUUGCAACUGGAUAUUGACAACAAAAUUAACUAUGAGCAAAUAAAACUGCAGGGAAAACCUUUUGAAGGUGCUCAAUUGCAAGCAACUGUUUGCAAUAAAAAAGUUAAUUAUUUCAUUUGUAAAAAGGAAGCUGGAAGCUAA